GCAGCGGUCACGUCAUCGACGAGCGGCCCGCUUUGAGAAUCCGCGCUGCUUUUCUUUUUGUCGUCGUUUUCGUUGAAGAAGCAAUAAAAAAAAUAAAUAAAUCUCGUUUGUGUUUUUAUUUUCUGUAUAUUUAUAAUUAAAAAGCAUAUCAAAUCUACGAAGACUGAAGCAAUGGGACCGAACGAGUUUGAUCCACAGCGUUCACUUCAGGUUCUGCACAUGACUGUUUUCUCCCAGAGUUUUUCUCCCUGCGGAAAAUUCCUGGCCGCGGGAAACAACUACGGAGAAAUAGGAAUAUUCAGUCUCUCUGCAGCUUUGGGUCCUGAAGCUACAGAAGACAGCAAGACGCCAAUUGUAACAUUUAAAGCUCAUGAUGGUCCAGUCUACAGCCUGCUCUCCACAGACUCCCAGUUACUGAGUGCUGGGAAUGGGGAGGUGAGAGCCUGGAACUGGGCUGAACUGGUCAAGAAGGGUAGUAAAGUGGUUUGGAGUCAUAAACCACAAUGCAAGACCAGUCUAGAGGUUCCUGAGAUCAACGCCAUGAUUAUCAACCCAAAGGAUAACUCAUUGCUGUUGGCUGGAGGCGACAAUAAGAUCCACGUCAUGGAUCUGGAGUCUGGCGAGUUCAAGAUGGUGUUGGAAGGUCAUUCUGAUUACAUCCACUGUCUGGCUCUGCGUGACUCUGCUGGAGAGUGUCUAUCUGGGAGCGAGGACGGAGCUGUCCGGAUCUGGGAUUUCCGAACAGGCCGCCAAGUUCAUUCGAUCGAAGUUUUUAAAUACCAGGAAUGCUCCAGGCCUCAGUAUGGAAAAUAUAUAAGCUGCCUGACAACGGAUUCUGAUUGGAUGCUGUGUGGGGGGGGGCCCUCCCUCUCUCUCUGGCACCUCCGCUCCAUCACCCCGACCACAGUGUACCCAGUCCCGGGCUGCCAGAGAGACGCCUGCUUCCACCAGGACCUGGUCCUGUCGGUGGGGGACGGCCCCUUCGUUUCUCACUGCCACCUCAGCGGAGACGUGAAAGCGACGAUCCCCUGCACUUCCCCCAGUCUGUACAGCAUGAGAUUGAAUCACAGCUCGCAGGAGCACCGGGUCCUGUCUGUGGCCGGGAGCAGCAGCAAAAUAGACAUCUUUACCAACUUUGGGUAUAGAGCAUUCUCCCUGGUGUUCACCUGA